AUGCCCCCCGUGCAGCUGGAGAACCACCAGCUGGUCCCGCCCGGAGGCGGCGGCGGAGGCAGCAGCGGCCCCGCGUCAGCGCCGGCGCCUCCUCCCCCUGGAGCCGCCGUGGCGGCGGCUGCUGCGGCCGCGGCGAGCCCCGGCUACCGGCUGAGCACCCUCAUCGAGUUUCUGCUGCACCGGGCCUACUCGGAGCUCCUGGUGCUGACGGACCUACUGCCAAGGAAAUCUGAUGUGGAAAGGAAAAUAGAAAUAGUACAAUUUGCUAGCCGGACACGUCAGCUCUUUGUUCGAUUACUAGCUUUAGUAAAAUGGGCCAAUAAUGCUGGCAAAGUGGAAAAAUGUGCGAUGAUCUCGAGCUUUUUAGACCAACAAGCCAUCUUGUUUGUGGACACUGCUGAUCGCUUGGCCUCGUUAGCUAGAGAUGCGCUGGUCCAUGCACGCCUACCUAGUUUUGCCAUCCCGUAUGCCAUUGAUGUAUUGACUACUGGGUCUUACCCACGGCUGCCAACCUGCAUUAGAGACAAAAUUAUUCCUCCAGACCCGAUUACCAAAACUGAGAAACAAGCCACCCUUCACCAGCUGAACCAGAUCCUUAGACAUCGGCUUGUAACCACCGAUCUCCCGCCUCAAUUAGCAAAUCUUACCGUUGCAAAUGGCCGGGUGAAGUUUCGAGUUGAAGGAGAAUUUGAAGCCACCUUGACUGUAAUGGGAGAUGAUCCUGAGGUUCCAUGGCGUCUUCUCAAGCUAGAGAUUCUAGUAGAGGAUAAGGAAACAGGAGAUGGACGAGCCUUGGUUCAUAGCAUGCAAAUCAACUUUAUCCAUCAGCUGGUACAAUCUAGGCUCUUUGCUGAUGAGAAACCUCUUCAGGACAUGUACAAUUGCCUGCAUUCUUUUUGCUUGUCACUUCAGUUAGAAGUGCUACAUUCCCAAACUCUGAUGUUAAUCCGGGAGCGGUGGGGAGACCUUGUGCAGGUGGAAAGGUACCAUCCUGGGAAGUGCCUCUCCCUCUCCGUCUGGAAUCAACAGGUUCUUGGGAGAAAAACAGGGACGGCAUCUGUUCACAAAGUUACAAUUAAAGUCGAUGAGAAUGAUGGCUCGAAGCCUUUACAGAUUUUUCAUGAUCCUCCUUUGCCAGUUUCUGAUUCCAAAUUAGUAGAAAGAGCCAUGAAGAUUGACCACUUAUCAAUAGAAAAGCUCCUGAUUGACAGCGUGCGUGCGCGAGCGCAUCAGAAGCUCCAGGAACUGAAGACCAUUCUUAGAGGCUACAAUGCCAAUGAAAACUCUUCCAUAGAGACUGCACUUCCAGCUCUUGUUGUUCCCAUCUUGGAGCCCUGUGGUAAUUCGGAGUGUCUACACAUUUUUGUGGAUUUGCAUUCUGGAAUGUUCCAAUUGAUGCUUUAUGGACUUGAUCAGGCCACUUUGGAUGACAUGGAGAAGUCUGUGAAUGAUGAUAUGAAACGGAUUGUUCCUUGGGUUCAACAACUUAAGUUUUGGCUUGGACAACAGCGUUGCAAACAAUCUAUAAAGCAUCUGCCUACAAUAAGCACUGAAACAUUGCAGCUGUCCAAUUACUCAACUCAUCCUAUUGGAAAACUUUCUAAGAAUAAGCUGUUCAUUAAACUCACUCGCCUUCCGCAGUACUACAUUGUUGUGGAGAUGCUGGAGGUUCCCAAUAAACCCACGCAGCUGUCGUACAAGUACUACUUCCUGUCCGUGAGCGCAGGGGAGCGUGAGGACGGCCCUGUCAUGGCCCUCCUGCUGCAGCAGUUCAAGGACAACAUCCAGGAAUUGAUUUUCCGGACAAAACCCGGGAAACAGCCCAGAACCGGCACCAAGCGCAAGCUGUCUGAUGACACGUGUCCACUGGAACCUAAGAAAACGAAACGUUCAGGAGAAAUGUGUGCCUUCAAUAAAAUCCUCGCUCACUUUGUCGCUGUGUGUGAUACAAACAUGCCAUUUGUAGGACUUCGGUUGGAGCUGUCCAAUCUGGAGAUUCCCCACCAAGGAGUGCAGAUGGAAGGCGAUGGCUUCAGCCAUGCGAUCCGCUUAUUGAAAAUCCCCCCCUGUAAGGGUGUAAGUGAGGAAACCCAGAAGGCGCUGGACCGCUGUCUCCUCGAUUGCACUUUCCGACUGCAAGGAAGAAAUAACCGCACGUGGGUGGCAGAGUUAGUGUUUGCAAAUUGUCCGCUUAAUGGCACUUCUACCAGGGAACAAGGACCAUCCCGGCAUGUUUAUCUAACAUAUGAAAACCUGUUGUCUGAACCCGUUGGUGGUAGGAAAGUGGUGGAAAUGUUCCUUAAUGACUGGAAUAGCAUUGCACGAUUAUAUGAGUGUGUGUUGGAAUUUGCACGUUCUCUACCAGACAUACCUGCUCAUCUAAAUAUUUUCUCAGAAGUUCGUGUUUAUAAUUAUCGAAAACUUAUCUUGUGUUACGGAACCACCAAAGGAAGCUCAAUUAGUAUCCAAUGGAAUUCGAUACAUCAGAAAUUUCACAUUUCUUUGGGAACUGUUGGUCCAAACUCAGGUUGCAGUAACUGUCACAAUACCAUUCUCCAUCAGCUUCAAGAAAUGUUCAACAAAACACCAAAUGUGGUUCAGUUACUACAGGUACUGUUUGAUACUCAGGCUCCGUUAAACGCCAUCAACAAACUCCCCACUGUGCCCAUGUUGGGCUUGACCCAGAGAACCAACACUGCCUACCAGUGCUUCUCCAUCCUGCCGCAGUCGUCCACCCACAUCAGACUGGCCUUCAGGAACAUGUACUGCAUUGACAUCUACUGCCGGAGCCGGGGCGUGGUGGCCAUACGGGAUGGUGCCUAUAGUCUCUUUGACAAUAGCAAGUUAGUUGAAGGAUUUUAUCCUGCACCGGGACUAAAGACCUUCCUGAAUAUGUUUGUUGACAGCAAUCAGGAUGCACGGAGAAGAUCUGUAAAUGAGGACGAUAAUCCGCCUUCCCCCAUAGGAGGAGACCUGAUGGAUUCUCUAAUCUCCCAACUGCCGCCACCUCAGCAACAGCCAUUUCCCAAGCAGCCAGGAUCAUCAGGCGCUUAUCCUCUUACUUCACCUCCUACAUCUUACCAUAGCACAGUUAGUCCGUCUCCCUCUAUGAUGCACACACAGUCUCCAGGAGCCCUGGACCCCAGUUCUCCGUACACUAUGGUGUCACCAAGUGGGCGAGCAGGGAACUGGCCAGGCUCUCCUCAAGUGUCUGGCCCCUCACCAGCAACACGGUUACCUGGGAUAUCACCAGCCAACCCAUCACUACACUCUCCAGUUCCAGACGCUUCUCAUUCCCCUCGAGCUGGGACAAGUUCCCAAACGAUGCCAACCAACAUGCCCCCACCUCGCAAACUACCUCAGCGCUCCUGGGCAGCCUCCAUACCCACCAUCCUCACUCACAGUGCCUUGAACAUUUUACUGCUGCCCUCCCCGACGCCAGGCCUCGUGCCUGGCCUGGCUGGUAGUUACCUGUGUUCUCCGCUUGAAAGAUUCCUGGGAUCGGUCAUCAUGAGAAGGCACCUUCAAAGAAUCAUCCAGCAGGAAACGCUACAGCUGAUAAAUUCCAACGAACCUGGGGUGAUCAUGUUUAAGACGGACGCGCUGAAAUGCAGAGUAGCCCUUAGUCCCCAAACCAACCAAACGCUUCAGCUGAAAGUAACCCCCGAGAACGCAGGACAGUGGAAGCCGGACGAACUUCAAGUUUUAGAGAAAUUCUUUGAAACAAGAGUAGCCGGGCCGCCAUUCAAAGCCAAUACAUUAAUAGCCUUCACCAAGCUGCUAGGCGCUCCUACGCACAUCCUCAGAGACUGUGUGCAUAUCAUGAAACUGGAGCUGUUUCCUGACCAGGCAACGCAGCUAAAGUGGAACGUUCAGUUUUGCCUGACGAUCCCUCCCAGCGCCCCGCCCAUCGCACCUCCUGGGACGCCUGCUGUGGUGCUGAAAUCCAAAAUGCUCUUUUUUCUUCAACUAACCCAGAAGACGUCGGUCCCUCCCCAAGAACCUGUUAGUAUAAUAGUUCCCAUCAUUUAUGACAUGGCUUCAGGCACCACCCAGCAGGCAGACAUUCCCAGGCAGCAGAACUCUUCUGUUGCUGCGCCCAUGAUGGUCAGCAACAUUCUGAAGAGGUUUGCAGAGAUGAACCCACCGCGACAAGGUGAAUGCACAAUAUUUGCAGCUGUUCGUGAUUUAAUGGCUAAUCUUACACUGCCCCCUGGUGGGCGUCCAUAG